AUGAAAGUUUUUAUUCUGUGCUUAAUUGUAUGGCCAUCGAGGCUGGUUUAUGGCGCGAUCACUUACAAUGCAGAUAGAAAUAUAUCCGAUGUGGCCAUAGCUCUCUCUGAAAUCAUCAAUGGCUUGAAACCCCGCCAAUUAGCCAUUCUAGCAGCGCCACAAUUUCACUUCGCCACUCGUCAUGCUCCACUACCUGCAGCAGCUGAAAUCCCUACCGAUUCACAGCUGGAAGGCAUGCAAAUGGACAUCGACGAUUUCAUUUAUCAGCUACAUAAACUCAAUUUCAAAUCGGUCAUUUAUGAUAAGGCUGAUUUGUUUUUCAAAUUCGUCGAAGAUAGUCUAUUAGGCUCGAUUGAGAGCGUCAAUUUGAUAUUUAGCGCGCCCUAUGAGCUCUCCGCGCGCAUACAGGAGCGUAAGUUGUCACAUCGGUUGAGUUUGUUCAUAUUCUAUUGGGGCGCCAAGCAUCCACCGAAAGCCCACGAGGUACGCUUUGAGGAGCCAAUGAGGGCAGUUGUCAUAACGAGACCGAGAAAGAAAGCAUUUCGCAUUUACUACAAUCAAGCCGUGCCCGAUGGUGUAAGCAACCUUCGCCUGGUUAACUGGUAUGAUGGUGACAAUUUAGGUUUACAGAAAGUUCCACUGCUACCAAAUGCAGCAACGGUUUAUUCGAAUUUUAAGGGACGCGUAUUUCGGGUGCCGGUUUUUCACUCACCGCCAUGGUUUUGGGUCAACUAUGAGAAUGAUUCCAUCAACUCCACCAUCUUCGAUGAUUAUGUUGAUAAUGACUACGCUGAGUUCACUGAAGUGAAUGUAACUGGUGGGCGCGAUCACUGCCUACUAAAUCUACUGGCUCAGCAUAUGAAUUUUCAAUUCGUUUAUAUCGAGGCACCUGGCCGCACUCAGGGUUCAUUGCGAAGCGAUGAGACAGGCGUGGAGAAUGACAGCUUUACUGGUGGCAUUGGACUGUUGCAAAACGGGCUAGCCGAUUUUCUUCUGGGCGAUGUCAGCCUCAGCUGGGAGCGUCGCAAGGCUGUUGAGUUCUCCUUUUUUACACUAGCCGAUUCAGGCGCUUUUGCGACGCAUGCGCCGCGCCGUCUUAACGAAGCCUUCGCCAUAAUACGACCUUUCAAAAGUGAUGUCUGGCCUUAUCUUAUAUUGACGGUGAUAUUUUCGGGACCUAUAUUUUAUGCCAUCAUUGCAAUACCAUACAAAUGGCAUUUGCCUUGCCAGACGCUGCAAGCAAACCGGCAGCCUCCUGGACGACUACAGCAACGCGAUGUGGAGCGGGGCGGUGAGUUGGUCUUUCACAUGGCUUACAUCAAGGAAAUUACAGGCGACAACGAGUUGACAAGGCGGUUACUGCGACAACAACAACAGCAACUAUACAAGGAACAGGAGCGCCGUGGAAGAGUGCCUGCCUUGACGGAAAUACCACACAAUCUAUUCGAUAAAUGCAUUUGGUUCACAGUGCAACUAUUUCUCAAGCAAUCCUGCAAGGAGCUUUAUCAUGGCUAUCGCGCCAAGUUUCUCAUGAUCGUCUACUGGAUUGCGGCCACCUACGUGUUGGCUGAUGUCUACUCCGCCCAGCUUACCUCGCAAUUUGCGCGUCCGCCACAUGAAGCACCAAUUAACACGUUGCAACGUCUGCAAACAGCUAUGUUGCACGAUGGCUAUCAACUGUUUGUGGAGAAGGAAAGCUCAUCGCUGGAAAUGCUGGAGAAUGGCACUGAGAUAUUUCGUCAGUUGUAUGCACUCAUGAAGCAACAGAAUCCGGAUAUGGAAGGUUAUCUUAUUGAUUCGGUGGAAUCAGGAAUUAUGCUGAUUGCCGAUGGACUGGAGAAUAAGGCGGUGCUGGGUGGACGGGAGACACUCUACUUCAAUAUACAACAAUUUGGCUCCAAGACUUUUCAGCUCAGCCACAAGCUUUACACUCGCUAUUCCGCUGUGGCCGUACAGAUUGGAUGUCCCUUCUUGGAUAGUCUGAACGAUGUCAUCAUUCACCUCUUCGAAGGCGGCAUCUUGGAUAAAAUGACAAAUGCUGAAUAUGCCACGCAGUCGCGUAUGCUGGGUAAGGAAUAUAACAACCUACACCCCGCAGAGUCCGAGGCAAAUGGCAACAAUGAACCACCGCCCAACGAUGACAACCGAAAUUCAAACGGUGGCAGUGACGCCAAUAACAAAGGAGAUGAGAGCGCUGAGGCUGCGUCCAAGUCGCAGGAUUCACAAAUCAUACAACCACUAAAUUUGCGCAUGUUGCAAGGAGCUUUCAUUGUACUACUCUGUGGCUAUGCGGCUGCGACUGGUAUUCUUGUACUGGAGCUGUGUUGUCACCGCUUGAAUUCGAACCUUAUGGAGCGUACUGAAGCCCGCAUGGUGCGGCGGUAUCAUUGGUGUUGUCGGAAAUUCCGUAAAAUUACACGUUCGCUUUAUGCCAGAAUUCUACGAUAAUUAAUUUGCUUAUUUGUGGUGGACUGCUUAUCGCAUGGAAAUUUUGCAUAAUGCAUAACAAAUGAAGUUGUAAUCGGUGUAGCGAAAUUAGUUGGCCGCUAAUGUACUUUUAGUUUAGUUCUAAUGUUAUUGUUGUUCUAAAAAGCUAUUUGGGUAAUUUAU